GGAGGUGCGCGCAGGCGCGGAAGUCAGGGAGAGCGCCGAGCGGCCGAUCGUGAGCCCCGCCCCGGCGCCAUCUCCGGGACCUGCGGAUCCUCCUCAGGUCUCUGCCUGAGUCUACAGGAUGUUUCACGGGAUCCCAGCCACUACAGGCAUGGGAGCCCCUGGAAACAAGCCGGAGCUGUAUGAGGAAGUAAAGCUGUACAAGAAUGCCCGGGAGAGGGAGAAGUAUGACAACAUGGCGGAGCUGUUUGCAGUUGUGAAGACCAUGCAGGCCCUGGAAAAGGCAUACAUCAAGGACUGCGUCACCCCCAACGAGUACACCGCAGCCUGCUCCCGCCUCCUGGUUCAAUACAAAGCCGCCUUCCGGCAGGUUCAAGGCUCAGAAAUCAGCUCCAUCGAUGAAUUCUGCCGCAAGUUCCGCCUGGACUGCCCGCUGGCCAUGGAGAGGAUCAAGGAGGACCGGCCCAUCACCAUCAAGGAUGACAAGGGCAACCUCAACCGCUGCAUCGCCGACGUCGUCUCGGUGCGCCCGCCUCCCUCACGCAUGUACACAGGGUCCUGGGGCUUUCCGUGCUGCACAGCAAUCCGCUCGCUGGGCGGGGGGCCCGGUAGCGGGGCGGGGUCCCAUGGAGCGUCCUGUUUGCAGAUCCAGCCUGACCUGCGGGAGCUGAUGGAGACUAUGCAUCGCAUGAGCCACCUGCCUCCCGACUUUGAGGGCCGCCAGACUGUCAGCCAGUGGUUGCAGACCCUGAGCGGCAUGUCCGCCUCCGACGAGCUAGACGACUCCCAAGUCCGCCAGAUGCUCUUCGACCUGGAGUCGGCCUACAACGCCUUCAACCGCUUCCUGCACGCCUGAGUCCCACAGCCUCCCUGCCCCAGGGGUGCAGAGCAGGGGCGCUCAGGCCGGCCCAGUGCAGGGCUGCAGCUUCCCAGGAUGGUUCCUGCUUUCUUGGACCCACUGGACUUUCCACAGCAGCCCAGUCUGUGUUUCUGUCCAUCGUGGUGUCUCCACCUGGAGCCCCUCCACACAAUAAAGAUGCUUUCUGACUUUCC